AUGGCUGCCAAAGGAGAACAGACGUCGACCAAGCCGACAAUGCAGAACAAGAGCGCUGCCGGUGGAAUGCUCUCUCUCUUCAAAAAAGGCGAAGGCUUCUACAAGGACGGUUACUGUCGAACCGGUUCCGAUGACAGUGGCAACCACUCGAUCGCCGCCACAGUGACAGACGAGUUCCUGAAAUCAUCCAAUGGCAAAGAAUACUCUGGUGUCUCCGCAGGUGACAAGACCUGUUUAUCAGCACAACACUGGGCGAACGCCAUGAAAGAGCUUGACGGGGAGAAGGUACCGAAGGUGCACUUACACGCCAGCCACGAGAAGGCACUCGAUGUGGUGGACUACAAAGAUCUGAAGAAGUUUGCAGCGCAGGGAGAGGCGACGAAUCAGAGCGGUAGGCAAGAGUCGCAUGUAAAUCCGAGCAGCAAGGAUGGUGCAGUGAAGGAGAAGAAUGACUUUGGUGGUGAUCAAGGGACUGUUGCGCCAGGUCGGGGAAAGAGCCAGAAUGUUGGCACGGACACCAAGCCAGAGGGUAGUGGUGGUCCGAGGGGUUGA